AUGCUUCUCUCUACUUCCAACCCUACACCAUCAUCACAAGUGACGGUGAAAAAGAGUGGUGAAAAUAUGUUGUUCAACAAUUCAACCUUCACCAACAACAGCAGCAAUACCCCAAACUCUUCAGAAGAGCAAAAAAGUAGUACUAGCCAUGUGAUUUCAUCCUCUUUAUCACCUCUUGCACUCCAACCAAUAACUACAACACCCAACCAUCAAUCAAAGCCUAUGUCUAUGGAGGUUUUGUCAUCUUCUUAUCCACAACAACAUGAAUCAAAGCCUUCUUCCGAUAGUAUCAUACCACCACCAAGAAUGCAACCUCCAACAACAACAAACUUUCCCAUCAUUACAAGCUCUAACCCAUCUAUUCGUUCCACAACAACAGGUCAUCCAACUUUUCACAGUUCUUUCCCUAUUAUGACCAAUAACUUUUUGGCUCCUCCUCUCUUCUCUUCUUCAAAAAUUCAUUCUACUAGUUCCGUUCCAACUAUUACCACCUUACAAAGCUCUUCUGUGAGUCCAAAUUCACUAAUUUCCUCUAUCAAUAAUACACCAACAAAAUCUAGUUUGGAUAAUGUACCAAAGCCUGUACCAACUGCUUCCUCAAUUCUUGCACCAUCACUUUCUCUCAUUGAAACAGAGUCUAUUUCACCUCAACCUAUUAGAGUUUCAACAAUUUUGUCCAGUUUUAAUACCCCAUCCGAUUCAAGUAAAUCAGCAAUAGGUAAUAGUAACAAUAGUUCAAACUCUCAAACAGAGUCUGUUUCCACAACUACUACUCCAAAGAUUACACGUGUAAGGAAACUCACACCAAGAAGAGUUCCUGACCUUCCUCUGCAGCAGGAGCAACAAGCUGGUACAACAAAACAAGCAAGUGAGCCAACAACACCAACCAAGGAACAACCUACAAGAACAGAAGCUGAAUCAAACCCUUUCACUACACUUUAUUCUAAACCUCUUUCCUCCUUUCCACUUCAUCAUCCUUCUUCCUCAAUGAGUGGCAGCAGUUUUUCACCAUUUCCUCCUCCAACAUCACAUUCCAGAUUAGUGAGUCCUUCAACGCCAUCACCAAUAAGCCUUUGGCCAAGCACUACUGUUACAACUAGCACUUCGGCAACACCUAAUAAGCAUAUAGUCCCUCCUCCACUAUUACCACCUCUUAAUGUUUCUCCUCCCAACACAAAGAAGAGAAGAACCAAUAGCCAAGAAAGCGUAGGAGCCAGUCUUCAGCCAUUAACACCAUUAACACCACCAACACCAUCAGCUCAAUUUCCAUUCCCUUCAGUUAGAUUGUCAAGUGCUACACCACCACCAGGAUAUGUUCCUCCUCCUCCUUUCCCUAUUUCAUCAGCUUCACUUAUUCCAGUAGUAAAAUCAAAUGUGAUUGGACCUCCUGAAAGAAAGGUUUCUAGCAAUACUCCACCGCCAGAGGCAAAACCAAAGAAAAAGGAAAAUAUGGUUGGUUGUAACAGUAUCAGAAUACCAUUCAGAUCUUGGAUGAAGACUCUUGAUACUCUAUCAGCACCAAGCCUUAGAGCUGUACAGGAACGAGUCACCCAAUUGUUGGAAAAGAAGGAAGAAGAAAAGAAGAAGAAUCUACUAGCAAAGCAACAGAAACAAGAAACAUCCUCUUCUUCAAAUCGAACAACCAAAUUGAGUUGUAGUAACGAUACUUUGUCAUUACUCUCUACAGACUUAUCUAGUAUUGAUACGCUUGCUAUUCUUGCAUUGGCUGAUUCACCUCCUUCUCCUACUUUGGCUAAAUCUAGUGAACUGAUAUCUGAAUCUGUUGAACUAUUCUCUAAAAGUCCAGAUAAAUCAAUGAUGAUUGAAUCUGAUGAUUCUGAGGAGGAAUCUGAGGAAGAAAUUGAUAUUAAUCUCAAGAUUGCUCAAGCUGAACCUUUUGUUAGAGAAUAUUCUGGUAAUGGAUUUAUCUAUCCUGGUAGAAGGGGAGCCAAGUCACAACGAGUGAGACUACCAAUUUGUUUCUACCCAAGCAUGAAAAGUGUUUUAGCCUCAGAAAGCAGCGCUGAAACAUUUGUUGAAGGUGAAGAUUCUAUCAAUCCUGUCAUUGAUUUGGAGCAUCAUUUGGAAUUUUUCAUUGACGAUUCUGACAGAAAGUUGUAUAACUCUAUUAGGGGAUUGCAUCUCGUGCUGCUCAAGAGGAUCAGUAAGACUGUCUAUAUUGAGGAGAGUAGUGUACUCGUUCAAAGAAGUUCUAGAUCAGAUGAUGGUGGAUAUAACUUUUCCAUUAUCAAUCAAACAAGUCUCCACCCUCCUUUACCAGGACAAAGACAAGCCGACUAUUCUCUUCUCCUUGUUGAACCAAGAGGUAAACGUAGGAAUGCUCAAGAUGUCGAUAAGGUCAAUAGAUAUUGUGAAAUUAUUCAUGAACAAGGCAAUCAAUGCAAGAUUCGUGUUGGAUUUAGAAUUUGUAAAGCUCAAAAGAAAAAGCAUACUAAAGGUGUUUACUUGUUGAGACUAGUAGCUUGUAUAUCCGAUGAAGCAGAGAUUAAAUUUGAUUCCUCAAAUCAACCAAUUAAUGGUGUUAUGAAAGUAUUGGAAGAAAGUGAACUAUUCAAGAUUGUAUCUCGAAGAGUUACUGCUAACAGUAAGCCAACAGCAAGUCUCAAACGGAAGAUGGAUGAUGAUGAAGUAGAUUCAUCUUCUGAAUAA